AUGUUUCCGUCUCUUCCCACGCUGACUGUCCUUGUCCCCCUGGUCUCUCUGGGAGGACUGCUGUACUCGGCCUCCGUGGAAGAGAGCUUCCCCCAGGGCUGCACCAGCACAGCCAGCCUGUGCUUCUACAGUCUGCUCCUGCCCAUCACCAUCCCCGUCUACGUGUUCUUCCACCUCUGGACUUGGAUGGGGAUUAAACUCUUCCGGCAUAAUUAACGCAGCCAGAGCCACGAUGGUGUUUAAACUCGUGAUAUGCUUGAGUGAGUGUGUCUGAAAGCUCCGCUGCAUGGAAAUACUGGAAACCCAGACUUUGCAGGAAAGAGGCUUUGCUUAGCCUUUGUCAGAGGUUUAGGACUAUGUGACGUUUAAGCUGCAAGAGGCUUCUGUCUUGUAUUUUGGUUCUUCCCCUGCUUUUUGAAGGUUCUGAUUUAUACCUGGUAUCUCGGAAGAAACAUUUCAACAAAGUGGCUUUUUGGAAAUUAGCACCCCCCAGCCAUCAUCUGAUGGCUUUUUCUUAUCCCAUUCAUAAUUAAAAAUUACUAAUUGGAAAUUGCAGGUUUUUAGAUUCAAAGCCUUUGGUAAAGCCACAUGUGAAGGAUGACUGCGAUAAUUCCAAGGAGCUACGGGGAGUAAUUGUAGAGAAAUGCAUUUGGACUAGUGUGAUAUAAAACUAUAAUAAAAUGUAAAUUUCAUGUACUUGCCAAAAUUCUGAGUUUGUAAAAUUACCUUCAUUUCUUUGGCAUCAGAUGGCUUACAUUAUUAAUAAGAUAUUGACAUUUUCCAUAAAACAAUUUGCAGUUUU